CGGCGCGUCUGUGACGUCACUCCGCGCGACGCGAGUUCUUCUACGUCAGCACAAUAGUGCCAACAUGGCGUUCACUCUGUACGCGCUGAUUCAAACAGCGAUAUUAUUCACUAAUGCCAUCGCAGUUCUCCACGAAGAGAGGUUCCUCAGUAAAAUCGGCUGGGGAGCAGAGCAGGGUAUUGGAGGAUUUGGAGAUGAACCCGGGAUUAAAGCACAACUUCUGAACCUUAUUCGCUCUGUCAGGACUGUCAUGAGAGUUCCUCUGAUAGCAGUAAAUGCAGUGUGUAUCGUCUUAUUAAUACUGUUUGGAUGAAGAAGGAAUUGAUGGAUUGCGGUGGAUCAGGAUCUAAUGAGGAACACAGGGAAUGUGGCAAAGGAAAAUGGACUGUUUUAUAUCUGUGGUUCUAAAUGUUGCUCUCCAAUGUCUGAAAAUUGUACCCUGAAUGAUUUACUGUAAGUAGUUUUAUAUAAAAACAAAUACCAGUAAACCUUUUUCUUUUCCAGUUUUGUAACUUGACAGAAGCUCCCGCGUCUGUGCUUGUUGUUUUUGUCACAUCCAAGGUCCAGUAAAGUGUCACCUCCUCAGGCAUUCAUGUGUUUCUCAGAGCAUCAGUGACAUCAGUCAGACAGCUCUGUCUUGUGCUUUGAUUCUGGCACCUGAAAUAUAUUUUUCUUUCUUUAUUUGUUUUGAUUUUCUUUUUUAAUAAAUGUUAAGUUCCCCAAAGCUAAUCUUACAGUGUUUCCAUUUCAAAGACAGCUUGGAAAGUAAACGUUGGGUUUAAUAUUUUUUUAAUAAAGAUUUGGUUAAUGUAGUGUUAUGACAUCAAGCUUUAAUAUGCAACACGUUUGGUUUGAAGGGUUUGACAAGUUUGACCAAAGUAGUUUCUGCCCUUAUGAGCCAGUCAUUUCAUAUUUCAGGUUUAAUAAAGUUGUUUUGUCUUUUCAUCUGUUAA